UGUGUGUGUCGAGCUGCUGCUGCUCUGCUGAGCUCAGUGAUUGAAUAGGACGUCCCGACAGAGGGAACACACUCACAGCAUCAGUUUGGUCCGGGCUGCCAACAAGCUCUGUGAUGGAUACUCUUCGGCUUCUGCUCCUCAGCUCAGCGGUGGCAUCUGUGUGUGGAGGCCAAUACUCAGAGAUGUCAGAGCCUAAAUGUGAGGAGUUUGAUGUCGACGUCAUUGACGCAACGGAAGGUGAGGCGCUGCGGAUCGUGCCGUCCGUUCUGACCGAGUUCUGGAGGAAUUUCACGGUGGAGGACUUCACCUGGUACCGGCAUGGCUCCCAGGACGAGUACUUCUCCUCUGACCAGGAGGAGAGGAUCCACCACCGAGGAGCCGAGCUCUUCCUCCUCGACCUCCACACCAGCGACUCCGGCCUCUACGUCACCAGGCAUAACUUAUCCUCAGAAGAAACAAACUGCUAUUACACAGAGGUCACCGUCCACCCUGCAAGAAACAGAAAGCUCCAGUUUACGGUCCGAGUCCCUGACCGAAACCCCUGGAUCCCCUGCUUACAGCGCAUCGAGAGCUUAUGCAUGGACGAGGGUGGAAAUCUCACCUGGUACAGGAACUUCACUCUCCUUCACGGCAAACAUGACAAAAUCCUGCGGCUGAACAACGUCACCAAGGCUGACGAGGGCAUGUACACAUGCGUCUGCACCUUCACGUACAACCACAGAGUGUACAACUCCACAGCCUCCAGAAUGUUCCAGAUAGAAGAGCCCUCUGUCCGCCAUACACCACAAAUCAUCACUCCAACCUCCGACGUGCAGAUUGUUGAUGCAGGCACCAGUGUGACACUGAACUGCACGGCUUACUGUGGAAGGAAUUUGCUAUAUGGGUGUAGUGUUGGAUGGUUCAUUGAUGGGGAGUCUGCCCGUGACGAAGUCGGAUACACAAUGAAUGUUGACAGUGCCAUUGUGCAGCCCUCACAGCACAGCUCGGUCACUGCGGUGCUGACCAUCCACAGGGUGUCGGCUCGCGACUUCCAGGCCAAGUUUCAGUGCCGCGCCACCAACAGCUACAAGUCAGUGAACCAAACCCUAACUCUGAAGCCGAGAGAGUCGCUGACUCCGCUCAUCACGGCAGCAGUGUGUGUGGUGUUCCUGUGUGUGUUGGCGGCCGUGAUGGUCAAGUGCUUCGCCAUCGAGCUCGCCCUCCUCUUCAGACGCUGCUUCGUGCACAGCAGGAAGGAAGAUGGGAAGCAGUACGACGCCUACGUGGUUUACCAGACGCAGAGCGCCGACAAGGCGACGGAGCAGACGCUCUGUAACUUUGUCACCAACGUGCUGCCGUCUGUUCUGGAGAAAAAGUGCAACUACCGACUCUUCAUCCACAGCAGGGACGACAUACCCGGGGAAGACCGUCUGGAGCUGGUGGAGUCCCGCAUUCGACUGAGCAGGAGGCUGAUAGUCAUCCUCACCCCGGGGCCAGACUCCGGGUCCGAGGUCCUGGGCCAGAAGAACGCCUCCUCUGAAAACCUCGGGGUCAGCGGGUAUGACUGGCAGGUGGGGCUGCACGAGGCGCUGGUCCAGAGGGAAAUGAGUGUGAUCAUGAUCCAGCUGGGACACAUGCAGAGCUACACGCACCUCCCCCCCGGCCUGCAGCACUUGGUCCGCAAGAGCGCCCCCAUCAGGUGGCGCGAGGGCUCCCGCGGCGCCGCCAAGUGGAACUCCAGAUUCUGGAAGAGAGUGCGCUACAUGAUGCCCGCGGCGCCGGCCGGGAGCCCCACGCCGUCUGUCGUGGUUUGAAACCCUCGCCGGAUUUCAUUUGCAUGUUUGUUUCUGCCGAUGGAAAGACUGACUGAUGGCGGCCCUGAGGAGACACUUUUAUUCUUAUUUAUUAGCAUUGUGCCAAUUUUAGAAAUUGGUAUUACAGUUGUAAUUAUUAAUUUGUUACUGUAAUGUUACAACUUUUUUUCUGAUUUGAAUGUUUUUUUGUGAAAGCUCAGUCACAUGGAAUACUAUAUUUAUUAGACAAACACUGACCCCAGCUGGUGUCUUCUGGAGCUGGGCUUUAACUCAGAAAAGAAAUUAGAAAUACAUUAGUCUUCCCUGUUCUGCAGUGCCCUUAUUAAUAUGUCAGGAUGCAUUUUUUCCCAUAUUUCUUCUUUAAUGUAUUGGUCCUCUGCACUGUUUCAUGCCUCGUCUCUGUCAUGCACUGUUUAAAUGAUGUGGCUGUUUCUGUAUGGAUUCACUGAUGAAGUGGCACUCAUGCUCUAAAUGCUCUGUGGGGACCGAGACCGAAACUUUGGUGAAGCGAUCUGACGCCAUCUCAAUUUAAAUAUCAUCCAAACAAAGGAAUUACUCACUGGUUUCAUCACGAAAGGUCAGCUGACAGUUUGUACAGUCAAACAAAUGUUCAGCUUCAUGCUGACGAGAAACUUAACUGGAAAGUUGAUGGUGUUUUAAUUAGCAUUUACAGUAAAUGAAUACAUUGAUUGAUUAUUGACACUGAUCAUUUACAUAUAUCAAUAAAUAAUAUCUGCAUUUGUCCAGAGGAUGAAACACAUUAAAGCCUGAGAGUUUGUUUGCAUUGUG